AUCUACAGUGAGACGCCAGAACUGCAACACAGAGAACCGACCGGAAACAAAGAACUUGAAACAAACGGAAGCCGAGCUGGACAAAUACGCUUUGAGAAAUGGCGGCCGCUGAAGACGCUAACAGUAUACAAAACCCCAGUGGUUCAGAGGCUCCGAAACUGUCGGAUUUACUGGACCGGGGCUGGAAGCUGUUUGAAGAGGUGGACACUACAAACGAGCCGAGCAGCUCCAAUGCGGUGCAGGUGAAAGUGAAGCGCGCUAUCAUGCAGCUGGAGGAGGCGACACGGAUGAUCAAUCAGCUGGACCUGUUCAGUCGUAAUGAGGCAUUGGAGGAAAUCUCCACAGCUGACCUGAAGUGCCUGUUGUUGCCGGCUCUUCUGGGAGCGCUCUCCAUGAAACAGGUGAACCCCAGCAAGCGUCUGGAGCACGUGCAGGCAGCCCGCGUCUACUUCAUGGACUUCCUCCAGAGGUGCAAGGACUAUGAUGUGUGUAGUUUUCAGCUGCCCAGAGCCAGCGAGAACACAGCAGACACUCCUACUGAGGAGCAGACCAAUCCAUCAGUCCCGAUGUCAGUGGCACAGCCAGACCUCAUCGAAAUGGCAACACAAAGACAAGCCAAAAUAGAGUGGUUUAAGCAGCGUAAGGAGACAGAAGCCAAGCUGAGUGAGAUCAGGGGGCUGGUUGAAUCUGGCUCAGCCGAUGAAGAGGUGGUGAGAGAUUUUUACCUGCUGCAUGUACGCAGGUGGGUCACACUAGCAAUUGAGGAGAUCGACUCUAUCAACCAGGAGAUGGAGAUUCUGAAACGGAUGGAGCUUUUCAAGCAGAGCGCCCCCCAGCCAUCUCCACCUAAAAGACCACCCAUGAAGCCUUUUAUCCUGACUAAGGAUGCUGUGCAGGCAAAAGUGUUUGGUGCAGGGUAUCCCAGUCUUCCCACCAUGACAGUGGAUGAUUGGUAUGAGCAGCACCGGCGGCAAGGAUGUUUACCUGACCAGGGCAUACCACGCAGUGCAGCAGAUGGUGAUGUAGAGGAAGAUGAGAGAGCAGAAAGAGAGACGAAGGAAGAGAACGAUGAUGAAGAGGCACUGCAGAAGGCACGUGACUGGGACGACUGGAAGGACACACACCGGAGAGGAUACGGCAACCGCAAAAACAUGGGUUGAUCUGAUUUCACACACUCACAUACACACGCAUCCCUUCAGUUCCUUCCAAUAAACCUCCCAAUGCUGCCAAUAUGUGACAUGGACACAACAGAGAGUGGCACUGUAGUGGUUAGUUAAGGUGGUUCCUUUUUUUU